AUGGGUUGCUGCAUCAGCACACCCAAAAAUCAAAACCAAAACAAACAAACCACCCAGAAAAAUCAACACCAUGAACCACCACUUCCGCCGCCGCCGCCGCCGCCACCAGCCUUUGAAGAGGAAUAUGUGAAAGAAGUACUCUCAGAGACCCCAAUUUCCAAACCUGCACAACAAGUUCCAAUUUUGACGCCAGAAACAAACACCCUUUCGCCUCUCCUUCAAAACCCACUUCCCAUUUUCCAAACCGAGCCCACUAUAGAAGAACACUCCGAAGCUGUCUCUCAGCUCUCAGAAACAUGCAGCAUGAGCGAGAGCUUCUCCGCCGCCACAACCACCACCGCCACCAUCACCGCCACCACCGUCACGGAGGUAAGAGAAGAAGACGAUGCAACCAGCAAAGUGCACAAGUGGGACCAGUCUCCGUCCAGGAAGAGACCCCAUGUCUCCGACGGCAACCCCACCGGCGGAAGAGACCGCAGACUCAAGUCACCGGCGAGGAGGUCGGAGCCGUCGCCGGAGAAGAAAAUUAAGGGAAGUUCGAGGCCACUUAGGGGGAGGGAAGCAAGGGAAUCCGUAGCGGCCGCGAAUCGAAGGCGAAACGUCGGCGCCGCCUCUAUCCGGCGGGACUCCGGCGAGGGUUCAGGUAGGAGAUCGAGGUCUCCCGCGCGUGCAAUGACGGGAAAGGUGGGUGCCGGAGGUAUUCGGAAAGAGGUGGCGCCGCUGAGUUCGGCGGAGAAGAAAGAGACUGCGCCGGGGCUUGCGGUGGACAAGGAGAAAGAGAACGAAAAGAAGGGUGAGGGUGAGGAGGUUGGGGAGAAAAACGACGUCGUUUCGCAGGAAGAGUGCCUCGAGAACCCGCACGUUUCGAUGGAGUGCUUUAUUUUUCUGUAG